AUGCACUUCUCCGCCCCCGUUGCCAUCCUGGCCCUCGCCGCCGGCGUCCACGCCGGUGUCCCCAAGGCUGAGCCGGGCCACGUCAAGAGCGUGCAUUCCGAGGGUGCCACCAGCACCGCCGCUGUGACCCCCACCACCCCCUGCGUCCGCUGCCAUCACACCAGCGGCGCCGUCGUGCCCACCAAGUCCCCCGCUCCUCACCACGGUGGCUCCGGUGCCUCCAGCAGUGCUGGUGUCGGCGGCUCCGGCUCCGGCUCCAGCUCGGGCUCCAGCUCGGGCUCUGGCUCGGGCUCUGGAUCUGGCUCCGGCUCCGGCUCUGGUUCGGGCUCUGGCUCUGGCACCAGCAGCGGUGCCUCGCCCAGCGGCUUCGCCCCCUCCAACCCGGGCUCCAAGGUCUCCAUCCCCCAGGCUGGUGCUAUCAUGGGCAGUGUUGCCUACGGUGCUGUCAUGCUCCUGGCAUAG